AUGGAUAGGUACGAGGAAAAUUAUUUGAAUGGGCCCGACAUAGAUCGCUUACAACAUCAAGAGCAAGAGGAACAAGAGGAACAGGCACCACCUCAUCCUGCACCCACCCAGAAUAUAGUUGACGAAGAAGAGUUGUUAGCUGCACAAGCAGCAGCAGAAGCAGCAGCAGCAGCACAACUGCAACAGCCAGGAGGUGCCUUCAAUAAUGUUGGACAGGGGUUGACGGGAGUUUAUAGAGAUAUGAUGAUGCAAUAUUGGCAGGAAACCAUUAAUUCGAUCGAACACGAUGAGCAUGAUUUUAAGAACCAUCAGUUGCCGUUAGCUCGAAUCAAGAAAGUGAUGAAAACAGAUGAAGAUGUUCGUAUGAUAAGUGCAGAAGCCCCAAUUUUGUUUGCUAAGGGGUGUGAUGUUUUUAUAACUGAAUUAACUAUGAGAGCAUGGAUUCACGCUGAAGAAAACAAGAGAAGAACAUUACAGAAGUCAGAUAUAGCUGCUGCUUUAACAAAGAGUGAUAUGUUUGAUUUUUUGAUUGAUAUUGUUCCAAGAGACGAAGAGAAGCCCAAAAAGUCAUACUCAUCCCUGUCCCGAUCUGGAAGUUAUGCUAAUAUUCCUACAAAUUCGAAUCCUGCAAGUCAGACUCACAUACCCACAAACCAGCCUAGAAAUAUAUCUCAGAUAACUGGGAGUAUUAAUGAAGACCGAGAAAUAAAAACUGAUGACAGGCAAAUAGAUAACCCCCAAUUGCUCCACCAACAAAUGCUCCAACAACAAAUGUUACAACAGCAGCAACAUCAACAGCAACAUCAACAGCAACAUCAACCCCAAAAUCAAGCACAGAGUCAGCAGCAACAGCAACAACCAAAUCAACCACAAGUUGAACAAUCCGGCCACCUGUUACAUCUCCAAACUCAACCGCAGCAAAUAAAACUGGAACAAAAUUAUUCUGAGAUUCCAGAAUAUCCAGAAAGAACUACACAACCACCACAAAUCAACAACCGAAGUGAAUUUCAGAAUUUCAACUUCCCAGUUUACGAAUGA